CCAACAUCGCGAACUCCUCCACAUCGACUUUCUCCGGCGGUUCUGGCCGAUCUGCUCUAGUCGUCUUCGCAUUUCCCUUUCAUGUCGUUGUCGUGACUUCCAACUCCGGCCCUACCUCUCUUACCUCUACUCCCCACAUACACUCUUUUCUCCCGCCAUGUUCCGUCCCGCCUCUAGAGCCCUCCUCCGCGCGCCGGCCGUCGCCCGUGGCCCAGCAAGCAGACGAUUGAUAAGCACCGCUCCCGCCGAGUCCAAACCGAGGAGCUGGAAGAACACCGCUGUACGACUGGGAUUGGCCGCUGGCGCGAUCUACUAUUAUAACACGAGCAAUGUGUUCGCAGAGAAUCCUUCCUUCUCCCUCAACUCCCAGCUUAAGAAAAACUCCGCCGAAGAACCCCUCCCCACCCUCGACUCCAUCAAGCCCCGGAUCCGCGAAGAACGGGAAUCCGCCGCCCCCAAGCCCCAUGCCGAACAAGCCCCAGCACAAGAGCUCUCUCUCGGCGAGGGCGCCUUGAAGUCGCCCCAGGAGCUCGAAGAGGAGGCCGGCCAGGAAGCUGCCUUCAACCCCGAGACGGGCGAGAUCAACUGGGACUGCCCCUGCCUGGGCGGAAUGGCUCACGGCCCUUGCGGAGAGGAGUUCAAGGCUGCGUUCAGCUGCUUCGUGUACUCUGAGGAGGAGCCUAAGGGCAUGGACUGCAUUGAGAAGUUUAAGGGCAUGCAAGAUUGUUUCCGCAAGUAUCCCGAGGUCUACGGCGCUGAACUUGAGGACGAUGAGGAGGGUGCUCCUGCUCCCGCCCCCGAGGGUGAGGCCCAGAACGCUGCGCCCCUAGCCACCGAGGUUGAUGCGGCUUCGCAUCCCGAGGAGAAGCGUGCCCGCGCGAAGGAGACUACCGCCCAGGUGAAGUCAGAGCUCUCCGAGAAGGGUGAGCUCCCUGAGAGCGACGACUUGCUUCCCAAGGCUUGGCACGACUCGGAAAGCAAGAACGAGACCCCGUCCGAGAAAUAAAGCAAUGCGCAACUCGUGUGUUGAAAAUGCAUGACAUGGACCAACGGAACAGAGUCGGAUUUUUUGGAUUAUCUCGGUGGAUAAAAUCUUAAAAGUUUCAUGAGGCUAGAUCUGAACUGCUCUGGGUCCGCGAGGAAUAUUUUGGGAUUGGUUGGAGGCUGUGUGUAUUCUUCUGUACUAUAUACCCUUUUUCCACCUUCCCCAGUUUGUUUCUCUGUCGUGUCCUAUCUAUAAAGCUAUCUCACGUC